AUGGCUGAUUUUCGUUGGAACUUUUUGGGUUCGAAGACUCUUCUUGUUGUUCAAACCGCUCUGCUGGUCAUACUUUUAGCAGCAGUGGUAACUUUAUUGUACCUUUUUCUGACGAAAAACACCCAGACAGAAAUUGAUCCAGAGUACGCUGCUGCCAACUCAAAACUAUUCGAAUACAUGAAUUUGGAAGCGAAUCCGUGCGAAGAUUUUUUCGAAUACACCUGCGGAAAAUUUCGAGACGAGUCCAUGUUCGGUAUAGGCCAAUUUGACAAUUUUGCUAAAGUGCAUUCAAAGCAAAAGACAAUGAGUAUUUUACCGCGACUAUUCAAUAAAAUUGUAGAGCAAUCGGAACAGUCGUGCGAGUCGGAACUAAAAAUCAGUCAUCUAUACCAUAGUUGCAUGGACGAAUUUGCAACUUUAGACCAAAACGGGUCACUUAACAUAACAUUCAUGAAUACUACGGAAACAAAACUGGUUGAAAUUGUUCACGACAUGUUCAUGAAAGAGUUUAAGUUUAACGUCUACAAGUCGACUUCUGAUGAUAAAUACAAUGGUCCACUUGACGUAAUUUUGUGGCCUCAACACGACGCUUACUUAGACCCCUUUCUCUCGCCUCUUUUUUGGGUUCGAGCGGCAGCUGUUAACGAAACAUUGCUCGCAGAAACUAGUAAUAUUCAAAUACGGCAUUUGUCAAUUGAUGAGUUGCAAAAUUUUCUGCCGAUUACCCUGGACGAAAUUAGCGGAGACGCUUCAAUUAACGAGGAUUUGUUUCAGUUUUCGUUGGAUUUAAUAUACAAAUUUCAAGAGAAAAACUUUGUCAUCGACCAAGAAGGCAAAGCUGCUUUAGACCAAUCGCUGCAUACGUCAAUUAACGAGCUUUUAAACAUACUACCGAAAGAAUUAGUAAUAGACGCCAACACCGCUUCGCAAUCCGAAAAAAGUUUCCUUUUCGACAAUUUUCGAAAUCUUUUUCCAAAAUGGACAACUGACAAAUACAAUACAACAAAUGAUGACAUAACUCUGGAGCUUGCAGCAAAUUUCUCGACAUAUUUCGAACCCCUGAAAGAUUCUUCGGUUUUAAUGAAUCCCAAUAACUUCAUGCAGCUCCAAUUUUUUUCAACAGUUUUUGUUCUUAUUAAUAAAACAACCUAUAAGCAUCCUUUGACUACAAGAGAACGUGAAAUAUACUGCUUAAACUCCUUAAGUGAUUAUUUUGACUUCUCGUUUGUUGCAUCUAACGCAUACAUGAAAUACUACACCGGUGAAAAACUGUUCCACGUGUUCGAAGACCUCAUCGCAAAAAUUAAGAGUCAGAUUUUGGAAAGAUUCGAAAAAGUUUCAAACGAUACGACGAGAUCUGCUUUUAAAGAAUACAUUAAGCGAAUUGAUUUUCGGCCGAAAAUUGAUCAGCUCGACUGUGACAUCACAGAUGUUUUACUCGAAGAUUUUGAAUCUGACCCAGAAAAGCUUCAGCCAUAUGCCCAAACUUUUCUGAGUUUGCGAAAAUUGUAUCAGUCGAAAUACCUGAAGAUUGGUAAUCCUAGAAUCUACAACAUGGCACUUGAAUUCAAUGCGUUUUAUGAUCCCUAUCUUCAUCGAAUUUUGCUGUUGAGCUUUUUUCUCGACACUUUGUUUUCUGACCAGAAACACGUUCCAAUGAAUUACGGAGACAUAGGGGUUGUAAUAGCCCACGAGUUCUCGCACUCUUUGGAUCCAAAUAUAAUCUCAUAUUUCUACAUGCAGGAGCUUCUCGACUCAAAAACUAGACUUGAUAUGAAUGAUUUCACGAACUGUAUUCUCGAACUAUUUCAGGCAGAGGGAAUAUCGAACAAAUCUAUAGGCGACAACUAUAGCGACAUUAUGGGAGUAACACUAUCUUACGAAGCAAUGGUUAAAAACGAGAAUCUAGAAAAACUCGACGAAGAGCUUCGCAAUUCGCCUAUUCUGAACAGAUUUUCAGCACGCGAAUUAUUCUUCGUGUCUUAUGGCCAAUUGUGGUGUUUCGCAAGCGUGAACGAACGGAAGGCGUUUAAUCUCGGAAACAAAAGCCAUGCUCCGAAUUGGGCUAGAAUCAACGUGGCGUUGUCGUCAAUUCCCGAAUUCGCGGAAACUUUCAAUUGUAAAGAUGGGGAUUACAUGGCAUCAAAUCAACAAUGCAAACGAUGGCCGUAA